CUCGAUGAAAAUAUAUAACCUUGCACAGCAAGAUGGAUUCUAGUGAUAUUUAUGAGUUCACAAACUCAUGAGAAUCUUGGUGCUCGCUGGUGCGUUAGGGCCUGACAGGUGGUGAGCGACUAAUCACAGAGAAGCAUUGAGCCUAAACCCCGGCCCUUGCGACACUCCCAUGGCCCUGAAGAGCUACACUUCAGGGAUGAAUUUGGUCAACCAAUCACAGUGCAGCUUGAAGAGAGAGGGCGGGGCCAGUACAGACCAAUGGAAGCUCAUUGGGAGAUGAGUCAGACUCAGAGGCCUUGCUACAGUGACCCCUACAUUCCCCCUGACCUUUACCCCUUUAUGUCACAUGACCAGUUUCCCACCCCCAGCUGUGUCCCCAGUGUGUCCUACAGCCUGGACCAAAUGGACCAGAUGGACCCCGAGUGGCUUCAGACUCAGUUCACGUGUCCCUGGCCUCCACCAGACCUCAGGCCUGAUCCCGCCAUGGAUCUGGACCAGGUUCAGCCUGGUCCUGGUCUGGUUCCAGACUUCCCCUGCAGUUCCUCUCAGUUCCUCAAAGGGAUACUGCUCUCAGAGGCAGAGACUGAUAUUGUGUCAUCGCUCCCAGGCCACACUCCUUCAUCCCGAGGCUCUUCUCCUUCAGACUCUUUGACAUCGUCUUUGACGUCAGAGCCCAGUGAUUCAGGCUUCCACAGUGUCAGCACUGCAGGUCCCGCCCCCAGAGCUGCAGGCCCCGCCCCUAGAGUUGUCGGCCCCUCUCCCGGACACCAUCGCCCGCAUCUUCAGAGAGGCCGCUGGGAACUGCAGUCAAUCCCUGAGAACUGGAGUCCUGCUCCUCAUUAUACACAUGAACAGUCGGACCAGAGGGGAUUCUGGGAGAUGCAGUCCAUCCCAGAGUCGGGGCCCAGGGCUAGCUGCAGCGUAGGCAACAGUACCACAACAACAGUCCACUUUCACCGUCCGGAACGCAGCCCCACGUCUCCACGGCAACACAGCCCCCGGUUACAGAGACAGCGCUCACCUGCGACCACACCCCUUGGCUGUCGCACCGAGCCCUGCCAGCGGAGAGCGCUCUGGCUGCAAGACGGAUCCAGAACUUUAACAGAACCAAACCGGAGCCAAACUUUCACAAAUCUGAGCCAGAAUCAGAACCAGCAUCGGAGGAGAGCCAGCCACCCCUGCACCCUCCAGGCUUCAGAGACCCGGACCUCCCAGAGCGGUCCAUCUGAGACCAGGUCUAACCAGGCCAGCACUGCACCGAGGAGGAGCCUAACCAGAACCAGCCAAUGGGAUCGGAGCUCGACCCAUGACAGACAAACCAGCUUAACCCAAGACCAAAACCAGGACUUCAACCAAAUCCCCCAAAACCCUUCUAUGUACAACCCCCAAAUCACAACCAGAUCCAGAGAGUCCUUGGAUCAAGCCUUCGUCAAACCUAACCGGACCAGAGAGCUUAGCCUGGACCAAAACCAUCACAGUCCUCUGACUCGGACCUCCCAGACUCUCAAAACUAGAUCCAACCGAGAGACCACACCUCAGUUUUACAGCACAGUCCAGUCCAGUCCCAGAUCGCCCAAUCAGAGGCCACUUCGAAGGCAUCGAGCUCCACGAUUGGUCCAUCAGAGGAGUGAUGUCACCACUGAUGAAGAGUUGUUCCCACCUCCCCAAGAUCGCCGCAGACCAGGUCACAAAACCCGGAUCAGAUCCUCCCAGAGUCGUUCUGGACCGGACCAGGAUCCACUCAUGGUCCUGAGAGACCAGAACCUGGACCGCAUCAGGACCAGGCAGAUUCUUGACGAGUGGACCACCAUUGAAGAGCUGCUGAGCCAUGGGACCAGAACAGAAAACAGGAGCAAGGGCUGGCCCAGUCCGCUCCUGUCUGUUACUACAGUCUGAUCAAACCAGAACAAGUACCAGAACCAGGACUGUCUACACCAGACCAGAACUAAGGCUAGAACCAGAGCCAAAACUGAAAACAUGGAAAAAGCACCUACAACCUGUGUUUACACAUAUCAGAUGAUGAUCAGAACCAAGUCCAAACCUCAUGUGGACCAGAAGAAGAUCUAAUACUGAUGAGAACUCUGUGACUGUUUCUAAAGGAGAGGAAACGGGUCCUGGACUAAACUGUGAAUAAAUAUGUGAAUACACACACUGUCAACCGAAAUUCAGAUUAAGAUUAACUACACUGCAAAAAAGAAAUACUUCUCCAUUAAUUCAAAUACAUCAUGAUUUUAGUAGUUUUUUAGUGUCCAAACUAAUCAAACCAAGACACAUUCUGCUUUCAGACAGGUGUAAAUAUUCAGGUAUUACUCUAGAUCAGAUGUGAGUGUGAAAGAGAAAAGUAAAGUUUGCCCAAAAGGCUCAGAGAUUCAUGUGAGCUAAGGAAAUAUAUGUUUUAACAGCAAUAUAGGCCUAUAUAUUUUUUAUCUAAUUAAAAUAAGAUUAAAUUAAAGGUCAGAAACAUUAGAACCACAUUCUAACCAGGUCAAAAUCUGAACCCAGGUUUGAUUCUGGAAUCAUUUGGGAACAUUUUUAUUUAUUUUAUGUAAUUCAUUUGGUGUGUGGCCAUUUUACUUGACCUGGAGCUGUCAAAUGCAUCUAUAUACGUAAUUUCCAUAACUAGCAGCACCACCUCCUCAGACCUCUCUCUUCUCCUCAUCUGGACGAAGAUGGCACUACAGCCUGAGAUUCUCUCAGUAGAGGAACCUCACCAUCACACUGUUUGUAUCUUGCAAAUUUUACUCCCAUCUUUAUGAAACAUGUAUUCUGUUUAUGAAAGAUCAAUUCUGUUUACUCCUACCAAAACACACACUGUACUCUUUGCACCUUAGAGUCUUAAUUUCUCGCUCUAAACCAGUAUUUUUGUGUUGCCAGUUCACAGUUGUUAAAGAUGACUGAGGUGAGAGUGUGGUCCAGCUCAUUCUUUCACUCGUUUCCAUCCGAGUGUCUCCAUGGCGACUGUCUGAGCGUCUCCACGGUGACCGCUGCAUCACAGUUUCCACAGCAACACUUUGACGACUCCAUCACUGUCGUCGUCAUUUAACCACCUCGUCAAUUCGGCAAGUUCACAAAAUCAUGACAGAAACACUAUUUAGCAGUUGUUUUACAGUUAACAGGAUCCAGGCUCAGCUCCGGUCCACUGCUCCCGAAAGGUGCAGAGGAUGAGGAGGAAUAUAACUGCACAGAAAAUCCAGAAACAAUAACACAGAGUACGAUAGUGUAUUUAAAAACUGUGUACAGUAUAGUGCUUAGAGGGAGCAGAUCUCACUCAGGACAGAAUACAGCUUUAUUUGAUGUUCCAGAUCAGCACUAAAAUGUCCCUUUACUGAUCCUUUGUGGCUGAAAAUAGUACCUUUGUGUCAGCUAGGAUAUGAAGCAAAAUGUUCUGCUGUUUGAGGCUGUUUGUGAACCUAACUCAACCUUUAUGUUGCUAACAAACUGUGGUAAAAUGAUGUACAGGCAUGCAGUGCAGGUAAUUACGCAUAAGAACAAAUUUAAUGUUUCAUCUCAACUGUACUGUAGUUAUUUACAACUUAUGGAGUCUAAUAAAUCACAAAUAUUAUGCUAGUAGUGGCAUCACAGUGACAGAGGAGCAGUUCAUAUCAGGAUGAAAAGGGUUUG